UCGCCUUCCGCAGCCUCUUACGCUUUUACGCUCUCACGCUCUCACGAUGAAAUCUUAUUGACUCUUCUCGGACUCAUCCGUCACAUGAGCACGACGUCUGUUGGACUACCCAUUUUAGUACUUAAGUGGUAUCAGUGAAUCUAUUGUGCCGAAAUGAGGGAUAAUCCCCGCCUCAUAUAGAUUUCACAUUCGACAUAAUUCCAACGUAGUAUUAACCUCAGCCUACCUAAGUUUCACACUCCAACCUAUCUCAAAGCAAAUGGCCCCGUCUAUUGUUCAUCUGCCAGACGGCCAGAGUUUCACGGUUCAGCCUGUAUUCUCUGGCUUAUUCUUCAAGUCUAACGAGCUCAAUCACCACCACGGGCCAUUCCCUGUUGGUUGGACUGUCGUUAUACAUAGUGAAGAUCAUCCUGAAGAUCACCUCCAGGAUCUCACCCUUAAAGAUGCCGCGAAUGAGCCCCGCUCUAGGCGCAGCCAUAUUCACAAGUACAACAAGCCGACCUUGCAAAAUGACACUAUUUUCAUCUCAUCCAUCUCGAAUCCCCCGAGUAGCGAAUAUAAGCCUCCUGCCAGCCAGUCCCGACAGAUAGCCAUGUUUUUAUGGGUGACGCUGUACUGGUAUUUCCAGCAGCCCGAACCAUCACCAUAUGUUUUAACAGAACAGUCCAAGUAUGCCCCCCCGGAAGCAAGACCUAGGGGCGAGUGGCGCAUCAGAAUUAAACGGGAGGGUGUCCUACGCACGCGGAACAUGAUACCGAAACUGGAGAGGAUGGGCCUGAUAUCAAGCCUGGACUCUGCUGUCGGAGAGAGUUCUAGUGAGAAUAACCAUGGAUGGGACAAAAUGUUUAUUACUCGACGAGCAUUCUGGCAAAUCCACAGCGGCCUAUUUCUUUUUACCCUGCAGCCCUUGAAGCACAGCUCGUCGUAUCCUGGAUCGCCUAGUAGCAGCCGGCCUACUUCCCCAGUUAGAAGCGACGCAGGCCAGCUGGCAACAUUGUCCAACCAGCUAGCUACGGAGGCGCCAUCUUCCCCCAUCGGGCCAUAUCACUCAUCCUCUCACCUCCCAACCUUCUAUCCUCCUGCACCAUUGCAGUACAUAAUAACGAACAACGUCCGGCAUCCGCUGCGACAGAAGCCACCGCACAUGGGAGAGAUCUUUUAUACUCGCUUCGUACCUAGCGUGGGGAAGUACCUAUCAUUUCGCGUAGCAUCCCUCUCGCCAAAACCCAUCCCCUGCCUUGGACCUAUGGGACCUGCCGAGCGGGAGAAUACGCACCUAGAUACCUUAUCCGACACCUCACUCCUUCAGAUGUGGCUUUCUAGCCCCAGAGUCCAGGCCUUCUGGGGCGGAUACCAACCUAACUUUCUCUCGAACGCUCUUCAGUCGCGCCAUUCAUUCCCGGCCAUCGGGAUGUGGGACGGCGUGCCCUUCGGAUAUUUCGAAAUCUACUGGGUUAAGGAGGACAAUCUAGGACGUUACAUGGGCAACGACGCGCAGGACUUCGAUAGAGGCAUCCACGUGUUGAUUGGCGAGGAGUGGGCGAGAGGAAGAGUCCAGCACUGGCUCUCGAGCAUCGUUCACUGGUGCUUACAGGCAGACUACCGUACGAUGAAUAUCUGCCUCGAGCCAAGGGUUGAUAAUACGAAAUUCAUUCAGCACCUCCAGAACGGAGGCUUCGCGAAAGAAAGGGAAAUAUCUUUCCCUCAUAAACGAGCAUGGCUCUGCCGACUUAGGAGAGACGCGUGGGAUGGGCCGUCCAUGUGAGGAUAUUUGCGGAAGGAUGAUUAAUGAUACCAAUUUCAUUACGAUUGCAUUC